AGCGAACUGAAAAGUGCCAUCUUUAGAAAAUGUUGACAAAACAAAAAACAUGAAGUCCGAGAUAUUAGCAGCCGCCUUUGUGGGUCUGGCGGUUAGGUCAAUAAUAUCUCUAUAUUCGUACUCGGGCUUUAACACUCCGCCCAUGCAUGGCGACUACGAGGCACAACGCCACUGGCAGGAGGUUACGGUGAAUCUGGAUGUCGGCGAAUGGUACACAAAUAGCUCCAACAAUGACUUGAUGUACUGGGGCCUGGACUAUCCUCCGCUGACCGCUUACCACAGCUAUAUAGUGGGACGAAUAGCCAAAGCCGUCGAUCCACGCUUCGUUGAGCUGCACAAAAGCAGAGGCUUCCAGUCCCUGGAGCAUAAGCGCUUCAUGCGAUCAACAGUUGUCGCUGCCGACGUCCUCUGUUAUUUGCCGGCUCUGUUGACAGUGUGCCUCUGCCUAGAUAAAUCCUUAAAUGACAAGCUAUUCCUUUUUAUUCUCAUGGUGGCAUAUCCGGGUCAAAUCCUAAUAGACAAUGGGCACUUUCAGUACAAUAACAUAUCGCUUGGAUUGGCGGCUGCAGCAGUUGCUGCAAUCCUGCGUGGGAGACUUUACAUUGCUUCAUUUUUCUUCACAUUGGCAUUGAACUAUAAGCAGAUGGAGUUGUACCACAGCCUGCCGUUUUUCGUCUUUCUUUGGGUGAAUGUGUGAACCAAAAAAGCUUUGGAGCCUUUGUUACACGUCUGUCACGAAUUGGAGCCAUAGUGCUUGCAACAUUCGCU